UUCUUCCGCCGCCUGCUCAUAUAAAAGCGCCGGGAGCUCAUUGUGCGGAGGGAUCUGACGCGGACUACACCCAGCCUCUGCCCGCCUGCCCCGGCUUUCUUCGCUGCCCAGCCUUGACGUUGCUCAACGUCGGAGUGCGGGUUACAUUGGCGACUUCCCCUUCACUCGUGGGCUUUGUGUCCGUUCAGCCGCCUCCGCUCCGAGCGCCCCGCGUCCGCAGCUUAUUUAUAUAGCAUCCAUUUGUUGAAUAUGUCCUGGCAGAGCUACGUGGAGAACCUGAUGGCCGAUGGCAGCUGUCAGGAUAGCGCCAUUGUUGGGUAUACGGACGCCAAAUACGUUUGGGCAGCGCAUUCCGGUGGUACUUUCAACAAUAUCACGUCUCAAGAAAUAGAUGUCUUAGUCGGAAAAGACCGCGAGACCUUCUACACCAGUGGUCUCACUCUGGGCUCAAAGAAGUGUUCAGUCCUUCGAGACAGCCUUCAUGAUGAUGGGGACUGGACAAUGGACAUCAGGACAAAGAGCCAAGGAGGAGAACCUACAUACAAUAUCUCUGUGGGAAGAGCUGGAAAAGUAUUGAUUUUAGUCAAGGGAAAGGAGGCGGUCCAUGGUGGAAGUCUUAACAAGAAAGCACAUUCAAUGGCUGAGUACCUGAGGAAGUCUGGAUAUUAAGCAACCUCAUCACCCAUCCAUCAACUUAGCAACAGCUCGCUCCCACUAAUAGCGUUGUUUUGACACUACUUCCAGGAUUAGAUGACAUCCAGUGUUACUUCCUCCCUAGUCCAAGUAUAUGCUCAGUCUUUUAUUUGCUCAUCCUGCUGUUUUUGUUUUUGUUUUUUUUUUUGUUUUUUUUUUAAACCAAAAAAAAAGAACGUCCCCACUUUAACAUUGUACUUUCUCAUGUUUUUGACACUACAGUGAUGGAAUGUUCUUUUUAAAUGUUAACUCAAACAGUGUGCAAAAAAAAUGAAUCAUGAAGUGUAAUAAGUGUUAAACUGAUCAGGACACUAGGGGAAGUACACAUGUAAUGGUGGUGACAGUUGGGAUAGUUGUGCUUAUUAGAGCAUUAAUAAAAGAUCAAAGUUCACUUUUAUUUUCAUCCGCAUGUGGGCGAUUAAAAGUUGCAUGCAUAUACCUUCUUUAGCAAACAGGCCCUAUGUUCUUUUCCAUCUUUGCAUAAUUUCCAGCCAAACCCAUCUUCUCAUCAGCCUCCAUCUUCACACGCUCUGCUAAGGAAACGUCAGCUUUCCUCCGACGUCCUCCGUGUGUGCACCUUUUUCUUUGUCAUCGUUAGGAACAACUUCUGUUACCCUCCGUCACAAGCUUUUGCUGUUGUAUCUGAAUGUGUUCUUUAAAGUUACCGAUGUGGUGUUGGGCUGUUGUUUGCGUGUAGUGUAAGGUCAGCCUAACUGAGGUCUCAACAUAUUGUCAUAACGCUACACCUCAUCCUGGCGUCUCUGUGGACAUUCCACCUCAGCGACAGCUCAGACGUUUCAGUCAGCUUUGUCAGUCUUUGUAAAUUUAGCUGUAAAUCCCUACAUACUCAUCAUGUAAAGUAUUGCCCUGGCCCUUUGGACCAACUGUCAGUAUAAGGGUUAUCAGAAUUACUUUAGCUUCUGAUGAUGGCUGCUAGUCGUCACCUGUUGACUGUAAACCAUGAAGACCACUUGAGUUGACUAUAAAACAUUAACUGCUUCUGUAGAGUUAAACACUAAACCUUACAUCACUAACUGAGUUGUUGCUAACUUCAUGUCCAUUAUCUAAUGAAAAGGCAUUUUACUACAGUAUGAAUGCAUUUUGACUGUAAACCCAAGUUGUUGGGCCCCAACACUUGGAAUUAUUUGCCUUGUGCUUUAGUCAUCAAAGGUGUAUUCACAAAUUGUCAUAGUACGGUACUUAGAAGUAUAUUUAAAAGAAAAAAUGAAGCUGUGUACACUAAACAUUGAAAAUGGUGUUGGUUGGAAUAAGAACAUUUGUAAGUUGUCUUGUGAACAUUUUCUGGGAAUAACUGUGUAUUCUGUGCCAUAAAAUCGAUCUUAUCUGUUGCUACUACGAGUUGGAUUUUUAACUGCUAACCCAGCGAGACAUACCUUUUAAUGGCACCUUCCUAUGGGAUAUUUUGGCAUUAUUGAUGUUCAGACUUUGUGGAAUAUGUACAGAAUUAAACGACAACAACAAAAAAUACAUUUGCUUCGAGUUGGAAAUCGCUUCUGCCACAAGAUCAAUUUCCAAUGCCAUGAAAUGAUGUGACCUCUUGUUUACAGACGGAUCAAAUAAAAGUUAUUCCAACCAGA